ACAAUUGACUGUACGAGCGUAAAAAAGUAUUAGUCUAUGGUUUUCAGCGGCCAUUGGUCAUCCGUGCCGAAAACUUUAUAUAGUUGUAAUACAAAAUGUUGCGAUCAGCUUCAGGUACUUUGGUAAAUGUUGUAAAGAAAUCCCUGGUCCCCGCUUCUAGGGUUUGCUCUGUCAUCCCUGCCAGGAGGUCUCACGGUGGACCCGUUGAAUCCGAAGAAGAAUUCGAUAACAGAUAUGAAGCCUUCUUCAACAGAAAAGACAUUGACGGCUGGGAAAUUCGUAAGGGAAUGAACGACCUCUGUGGUAUGGACCUUGUGCCUGAUCCUAAAAUCAUCAAGGCAGCGAUGCACGCCUGCAGGAGGGUUAAUGACUACGCCCUCGCCAUUAGAUUCCUUGAAGCUUGUAAGGACAAGUGCGGCCCCAAAGUGGGAGAAAUCUACCCUUACAUUAUCCAGGAAAUUAAACCAACCCUCACAGAGCUGGGAAUUGAAACUCCAGAGGAGCUUGGAUAUGACAAACCUGAGUUAGCUUUAAAAAAUGUGUAUGAUAUGUAAGGCUCGAUUGUUAUCAAAAAUCGUGCAGUAGAAGAUUUUAUGUAAUAGUUUAUGUUAUUGAUUUAUUUAAACAGCAACGAACAGAAGAACAGUUCAAUUUGAGUAUUCCAUUAGAGACAGUUAAUUGUUAAUAAACACUUGUCUUAUAAAAAAUAA